AUGUCGAGACGAAGUAUUUCAACCGCUGCCUGCUUGAUUAUCGGCGAUGAGAUAUUGAACGGUAAAAUACAGGACACCAACUCAAACUAUUUUGCCAAAAAAUGCUUUGAGGUUGGUAUUGAUCUGAAACAUAUUACGGUGGUACCAGAUGAGGAGGAGGACAUUGUCCAAGCUGUGAAAAGAUUGGCGCCAAAGUACGACUUCAUCGUAACUUCCGGUGGAAUCGGAUCCACUCAUGAUGAUAUCACUUAUGAUGCCAUUGGCAAAGCAUUUGACCUCCCUGUGGUGCUUCAUGCAACAACUGCACAAAGAAUGAAAAAUUUGUCUAGCUCGAAAAGCCAGCUAGAAACUGCGCCUCAAGAAGUUAAGGAUGCUCAAUUGCGCAUGGCCACUUUACCAGCUGGCUCCAAUGUGGAAUAUUUAUAUCUGAUAGAGACUUCAUGGGUGCCAGUGGUAUCAAUUGACUCUAAAAUAUUCAUUCUACCGGGCGUCCCAUCAAUAUUUCAAGAUUUGUUAGAUGCGCUGCUGGUUGAAAUCAAAGGGCGUGUAUCCCAAGAUCAAGCCCAAGUGCGUUAUUUUGUUAGCACUAAAUUGAUUGAAUCACAAAUUGCCCCUUAUCUCCGUAACCUGCAGAACUCUGUAGAUAGUAACAUCAAAAUUGGAAGUUAUCCUCAUUUUAAACAAAAGCUUGUCACAGUUAGUAUCAUUGGACCAAAAAGCCGCGAUCACAAGCUGAGAGAAAUUGUGAAGGAUGUUUCUAAGAACACUUCUGGCACCGAAAUUUCAGCUGAAGAGGAAGCUUUAAGCUUGGAUGUCUGA